UAAUAUGCGAUUCUCCUGCAAGGGCACUUAUUAAAGGAGUAUGCAAUUUCAACGCGAAACACGGAUGUCUGAAAUGUAAUGUAGUUGGCGAAUACUCACACGUAUCUCAUACUGUCACGUUUCAAGGAACUGAUAGCGCAAAAAGAAACGACGCAGACUUUCGAGCCAAAAAAUAUGGAGACCACCACAAACGUGAUUCUCCUUUUCUUCAAUUACCCAUAGAUAUGAUAGAGGAUUUUCCGGUUGGAGAUUCCCUUCAUCUGAUUGAUUUAGGAAUUAUGAAGCGAUUACUGUUUGGGUGGAGGGAUGGUAAUCUGGGGAAACGUAUUACCAAAUGGUCAUCUGCAGAUAUAACAAAAGUGACUCAGUAUAUCCAAAGUUGCCGUAUGCCAAAGGAAAUCCAUAGGAGUUUAAGAGGUUUACAAGAUUUAUCACACUGGAAAGCUUCUGAAUAUCGCACUUUUCUUCUGUAUGCUAGUUUUGUAAUACUUAAGGAUGUUUUGGCUGAUGGUCCAUACCAACACUUUUUGACUUUCUUUUGUGCUGUCACGAUUUGCUCAAGUCACCAUCAUUUUCAGUUUUUACCAGUUGCAGAAAAAAUGAUGGUACGCUUUGUCGAGCAUUAUGGAGAUUACUAUGGUAGAGAAUACAUCACAAGUAACGUUCAUAACUUAAUUCAUCUUGUUGAUGAAGUUAAGAAAUUUGGACCAUUGGAAACAUUUAACGCAUAUCCCUUCGAAAAUAAAUUAAGUUCUAUCAAGCGAACAAUAAGAAAAGGUAACAAACCUCUUCAGCAAAUUGCUAACCGCCUGAACGAAAGAAACAUCAUAGAAAUUGAGAAUUUAAAAUAUGACAAUAGCGUUACUGGCAAUAAACCUGUGAUCAAAACGUAUAUGUACAAAAAUACUUCAGUUAAAAUAAUUCGCAUGGAAUCAUUUAUUCUCUCCACUGAUAGCCAAAAUAAGUGGUUACUUACUAAAAGCAACAGUGUUUUCGAACUAACAUCUAUAAAUGAUAACGAUGACAACCUUGUAACUUUGAAUGGGUGUAUUAUACAAAAUACUACCGAUGCUUUUGAUAUGCCAAUUAAAUCAUCGUUCCUAAAUAUUUUCAGAAUAAAUUGUAACUAUAGUAGAAAAUUAGAAGCUAAAGUUAGCAUUACAGACAUAAAAUCACUUAUUAAACACCGCACCCUGACAUAUGCAACCAUAGUCUGA